AUCGCGCCCGCCCUCCUGUCUGUUCGCCAUCGUGGCCUUUGUUGCGACUUUCUGUUGGUAUUUUCUUGCGUCUCUCAGUCAUGUCGGGUGCCGUGGGCCGUGAGGCCGUCUUCCCGACUCGCCAGUCCCUCGGGCUGAUGAAGGGUAAAUUGAAGGGCGCGGAGAUCGGACACAGCUUGCUGAAGAGAAAGAGUGAGGCGCUCACCAAGCGCUUCCGGGACAUCACUCGGCGUAUUGAUGAGGCGAAGCAGAAGAUGGGACGAGUCAUGCAGAUCGCGGCCUUCUCGCUCGCGGAAGUCAGCUAUGCUGUUGGUGGUGAUAUCGGCUACCAGAUCCAGGAGUCCGCGAAGCAGGCUCGCUUCCGUGUGAGGGCCAAGCAGGAGAACGUCUCUGGUGUCCUGCUCCCUCAUUUCGAGAGCUACACGGAGGAUGGAAUCAAUGACUUUGGCCUGACAGGUCUUGGAAAGGGUGGAAUGCAGGUGCAGCGCUGUCGGGAGACGUAUGCCCGGGCGGUUGAGACUCUGGUGGAGCUUGCCAGUUUACAGACUGCGUUUGUGAUUCUGGACGAGGUCAUCAAGGUUGUCAACCGGAGAGUCAACGCGAUCGAGCACGUCAUCAUUCCCCGGACGGAGAACACGAUCAAAUACAUCAACUCGGAGCUCGACGAGCUUGACAGAGAAGAGUUCUACCGCCUGAAGAAGGUCUCGAACAAGAAGCAAAGAGACACCGCCGCAGCCGAUGCCGAGAUACUGGCCGCGCGCCAGAAGGAGGAAGAGAAGAGGAAGGCAGCCAAGGAAGCGAAGGAAGCGAAGGAAGUGGAGGGCGUGGAGGACGUGGAGGAAGUGCCCGAGGAGAAGGAAGAAGAGGCACCGGAAGCCCCCGACGUGCUCGGCGAGCAAGAAGACACGGACGUGAUUUUCUAAGUCCGUGUCCAUGUUCCAAUUUCCCCCCUUCGUCCUGUAACUAGUACCUCUUCCAGCCUGUAGCUGUUCUCAUCCUCGUCAUUCACAUGUCCAUUCCCAUCCAGCUUACAUUGGACAUACAGCACGUCACCCAUACCUUACCUAUAAAAGCUGGAAUCUUUGCAGGCACCCAUAAAACAACACCACCUGAAAC